AUGACAGCUGCAGAAUGUUCACCAUGUGAGCUCUCAGAUCUGAACAUAAGAGAGCUUCAUGGAAAAGAUUCAAUAACAACAUUGAGUCGUCUUCGCUCAAUCGAGAAGAAAUCCUUCCCAGCUAACGAGGCUCUCGAUUUCAACAUUAGUCUACUUGCGAAAAAGAACACAAGCAUAAUAUACGCCGUUUUCGGAGAGGACCCCAAACAACAGCCAGUAGCAUAUGCUGUCUACGUCCGAUGGCGCAGCGUUCUUCUGCUUCAAAAAUUGUGCGUGGCUGAGAGCUUCCGUCGGAAGGGGAUAGGUCGACUUCUAUUGCAUGAGGUUAUCAAUGGAGCUCGAAGGACAAAGUGCGGCGCGAUUGAGCUCUGGGUCGAUACAUCAAGAAUCGUGGCACGAGUCAAUUCGCAAGUGCCUCCAGUUGCACGAAUAUCUCAACAGUUCAGCUUCACAUUUGCUGAGUCGACCUUCUAUGUUUCAGAGGAACCGACUUUUUAUUCUCUUCGGAAGGAGCCAUCAUGGCUGCAAUUCGAUAAUGCCACUCGCACCUUCUUUGGAAAUGUGACAGGAGUUGCAGUUGGACCCACGACGUUUGAGCUUGUCGCCUCUGACUCUAGCGGCUCGUCAUCCCACGAAGUAACGUUUGCUGUAAUAGAUCAAAUCGGACCACAGCCAGGCAAGGCUAUGCUUCCUCAACUUGGCGAAGUUGGCCCAACAUCUGCUCCGGCUUCACUUCUCCUGUACCCACUCCAACCUUUUUCCAUCGCCUUCAGUCCAGACACUUUCUCAAACACCACAAAAGAAACCAUAUUUUAUGCCACAUGUGCAGAUAAUUCUCCUCUUCCGUCCUGGCUACAGUUCGACCCAACAAGUCUGAGAUUCUCGGGUACAAGCCCUCCUCUUGUAUCUCCAACCGCCAAAGCACAGGAGUAUGGAGUCAGGUUAAUAGCUUCUGAUGUUGACGGCUUUGCUGAAGCCAUCGCAACCUUCGAAAUAGUGGUAGGCCAUCAGAUAUUGGCUUUUUCGCAGUCGUUACAAAAGGUUGAGCUUUCGCCAGGUCGACCAUUCGAGAGCGAACCCCUUCGCAACAAGUUGACGCUCGAUGGAAAAACCAUUGAUGACACCGAAAUUGCCUGGGUCACUUGCAAUGCCCCUAUAUGGGCCGACCUCAACAAAAAACAGAUCUCGCUGUCAGGCACUUCACCCGAGGGUGCAAGUAGCCAGAGUGUUCUCAUCGGAGUUGCUGAUAUCCAUGGCAACACGGCGAAAACGACGAUAAGUCUUGUGGUGUCCAGUAGCCAGAUUGAGCUUUUCAGCACGAGCUUGGCCCCAGUCAAUGCUACCAUUGGCCAAGAUUUCCGUUACAUGAUAGACCCAAACAGCCUUUCAAGCAACGCUGUUCAGGUCACAGCAGAUUUAAACAAUGCCUCAUCCUGGCUAACGUACGACACUACGUCGAUGACCUUCAGCGGUUCUGUGCCUGAUGCAUUGCAACCAGGUCCAGUCCUGAUAAUGUUACAUGCAGUACUGUGGUCUACCACUGAGCACGAACAAUUCGUUGUUAACAUCUUAGAGUCCUCGGUCCCGACUCGAUCUGCUCACACAUCUCCGAACCCAUCCGCUCAUACAUCUAGAGGGCUGCCAUCUUCCACCGAACGGUCUAAUGCAGCUACUAGUGCCACUUCAAACCUUGAGAUGAAUAAUCAUAACCGGACCUUGGUGAUUGUGCUUGGAAUCCUUCUUCCCUUACUAUUACUUUUGUGUCUUAUAUUCCUGGGCUGGUAUUGCUGUCUGAGAAGGCGGAGACACCGACAGCCUUCUAGCGAAGCGUCAGAGAUAUCUAUCUCCCGGCCCGUGCUGUCGCCUGAGUCCGAACGUACCGCUGCACAACAUGUGAAAGGAAACACGCAAACGGAGAAAAUGCCUCCACCUACCAGUCCACCUCGCAUAGAGUUACCAUGGGCGGCAGACUCUUUAAGAAAAUCUAGAGAGCAUUUCUCCAGGAACAUGUCGAACAGGGAAAGCACACUGGUUGACUCAGGCUGGGGGGAUCUUGUUAUGCGUGAUGCGCCAGUGUCGGCAAAGGGCUCAAAGCGCCUGGAACCGACGACUGAAUGUGCAACAGCAAAUUCCGGAGAUUGGACUCCGUUUGUGAGACUUCACAGCAACAACUAUCUGAACUAUUCUAGGAAGAGGACACCAUUUCGGCCAACGCAGGAUAAAAUGCAGAGGCUAUCACUUUCCACCCGAGCUUCUAAGACCUUCAGUAGUCUCUCGAAUCUGAGUAUUGGUUUACCUACAAGAUUAAGUGGUGCUGGUCAUGGAGCUGGUGGACCUGGUCCUGCCGGCUCUGGGGAUGUCCGCCGAUCUUGGCGAAACGUUGUCGACCCAUUUGCAAGUGAAGACAGUAAAACAACGUUUCUAGACCUAGACGCCUUCCCAGACCCACCUCGCGAUCAGAAAGAGACUCAAGAAGUGCAGCAAAAGCUUGGGGCGAAAGCAAGCGUACGGCUGGUGCCUAGCAGCAGCAGCCAGUCGGGGUCUCUUGUAGACCAGAGACAGAAGUGGGUACGGGAUAGAGCAAGAGACCGGUUGGAGCGAGGAGCAAGAUUCUCUAAUGCAUGGUCAUCAAGAAUUCAUUCGAGGGCAAAAGACCUGGACUCAAGCGGAUCAUCAAAUAGAGCCAAAACCGGUUCUUUUGACACUGACGACCUCCUACGUCGUCAAAGUAUGGCUCGUUCAUGGUCGCGAUCGUCAAGCAUUGGUGUUCCUGCUCGGCCAGUGACGAGAAUGAAAAGUUCAGACUCGCACCUGGUGCGCCAUCCUUCGAACCUGAGGAGAGCUUUAAGUACUGUCAGCAGCGGAAGGUUUGAUUCGGCCGAAUCCAAGUCCAACUCUAGCUGGAUAGACGACCUGAUCGAAGAAGAAGACAAGGAUGGCCGUCGACGCUGGGUUGCAGUUGAUAAUCCUCAUCAGGACGCGGCUGAAGCGGCAAGGACAGGACAGCAGGAUGGAGGAGAUUCUGAACAAGGCAGCUGGGGGAGAAAUUCGAGGACAGGCGGACUAGGUGCACUGAAAGCCAACAUACAAGGCGGAGGACCAGUGAUACCGUCAGGCGAACGGAAGUGGAGAUUAGGAGGGGAGCAGGCUAAGCGACCCAUCAGUGUAGAUGAAGGAGAGCUUCAGAGAACUCAAGGGAGUCACAGAGGCAACCUUGCCUUUACAUCCGCAAGCGGUACCGAUGAGUGUGUCUUAUUUGGGCUAUCUGCUAUGCAAGGAUGGCGCAUAAGUAUGGAAGAUGCCCACGCUGCAGUCCUAGACCUCCAGUCCGAGGAAGAAGGUGCCACACAACAGCCAACACCUCCUGACAAGCGUCUCGCCUAUUUUGGUGUCUACGAUGGUCACGGCGGGGAUAAGGUUGCACAUUUCGCUGGAGAGAACAUACACAAGAUCAUUGCAAAACAAGAUGCAUUCAAAAGGGGGGAUAUAGAACAGGCCUUGAAAGAUGGCUUCUUAGCCACUGAUCGAGCAAUACUUAAUGAUCCAAAAUAUGAGGAAGAGGUCUCUGGAUGCACAGCUUCUGUUGGGAUAGUGUCUAAGGACAAGAUAUGGGUAGCCAACGCUGGAGACUCUCGUUCCGUCUUGGGGGUAAAAGGUCGGGCGAAGCCACUAUCUUUUGACCAUAAACCACAGAAUGAAGGCGAAAAGGCGCGCAUAACAGCUGCUGGAGGGUUUGUGGACUUCGGCCGCGUGAACGGCAACCUUGCCUUGUCAAGAGCCAUUGGAGACUUCGAGUUCAAGAAGAGUGCCGACCUCUCCCCUGAACAGCAAAUCGUCACAGCAUUUCCCGACGUCGUGAUGCAUGAUGUCUCGUCAGACGAUGAAUUCUUAGUCAUUGCUUGUGAUGGCAUAUGGGAUUGUCAAUCAUCUCAAGCUGUCAUUGAAUUCGUGCGAAGAGGCAUUGCCGCAAAGCAAGAAUUACAACUUAUCUGUGAGAACAUGAUGGAUAACUGCUUGGCUUCGAACAGCGAAACAGGAGGCGUGGGGUGCGACAACAUGACUAUGAUUGUGGUUGGCCUCCUGGGUGGGAAGUCAAAAGAAGAAUGGUAUGAGAUGAUAGGGAAGAGGGUUGCCAAUGCGGAAUUUCGGGGACCAGGAGUCCGCCACCAGGCCGAGCGUGAUAGUCCCGAUGAAUACGAACUUGAUCUUGACAACCGAAGCAGAGGAUACGGCGGCAAGAACGGACGGAUCAUUCUGCUUGGUGAUGGCACUGAGGUUCUUACGGAUUCUGAUGACGCGGAAAUGUUUGAUCACAGCGAGGAGGAUAAGGACACCGAAAACCAAGUUCAAAAAGGAUUACAGGGUAGUAGUGACGAAGAUGCCAUGCGGAGCGAACGAGAAGGAACGCCAGCGCCUCAAUGCCUGCAAAGGACAGAGUCUCCCUCAUCUACUCAGACCGACGACUCAGAGAAAGCACCACCAGGUGUCAAGGAGUCUUUGAAUGGACCUACGAAGCUUGACGAGGCGAAUUGA